AUGCCUUCAUGUUCAGUAACAGAAAUCUCGAAAUGCAUUGUAUAUCCGGAGAAGAAGUCCACCGUCUCCGAUCUCCGUCUCUCCGUCUCCGAUCUCCCUAUGCUCUCAUGCCACUACAUUCAAAAAGGCGUGCUCCUCACUCGCCCUCCUCCCUCGUUCUCCUUCGACGACCUUGUCUCUUCUCUCCGCCGCUCUCUUUCCUCCACUCUUUCUCUCUUCCCUGCUUUAGCCGGCCGUUUCACCACCAGCCCCGCCGGUCACAUUUACAUAACCUGCAACGACGCCGGAGUUGAAUUCGUCGCCGCUUCCGCUAAACACGUCACCGUCUCCGACGUUCUCUCUCCCGGCAAAGACGUUCCUCUUCUCGUCCGUGAGUUUUUCGUGUUCGAGCGUCUUGUUAGCUAUAACGGCCACCACAAGCCUCUAGCCGCCGUACAAGUGACGGAGUUAGACGACGGUGUAUUCGUCGGAUGCACCGUUAAUCAUUCCGUUACAGAUGGAACUUCCUUUUGGCACUUCUUCAACACUUUCGCUGACCUCACUAGCGGCGCUUGCAAGAUAAAACACCUUCCGGAUUUCUCCCGCCACACCGUCUUCGACUCUCCCUCCGUUCUCCGAGUCCCUCCCGGCGGUCCACGUGUCACGUUCGAUGCCGAUCAGCCUCUCCGGGAGAGAAUUUUUCAUUUCAGCAGAGAAGCGAUUUCCAAACUCAAACAGAGGACCAACAAUAAAGUUAACGGAAUUGAGACGGCCGUUAAUACAGAAGAGAUACUCGGGAAAGUAAGCAACGAUGGAAAGAAAUGUAACGGUAAUGGUAACGGAGAGAUUAACGGAAAAAUAACUACCGUUUUGGAGGGUUUUUUGAAAUCGGAUACGAAUAAGAAGAAUUAUGAUCGAACGGCUGAGAUUUCGUCGUUCCAAUCUCUCAGUGCUCAGCUAUGGCGAUCCGUUACACGAGCGAGGAACCUCGAUCCGAGCAAGACGACCACGUUUAGGAUGGCUGUUAACUGCCGGCACCGGCUUGAGCCUAAGAUGGAUCCUUACUACUUCGGUAAUGCGAUACAGAGCAUACCGACGUUGGCGUCUGCAGGGGAUUUGCUCACCAAAGAUCUCCGAUGGUCUGCCGAUCAGCUGCACAAGAACGUGGUGUCGCACGACGACGCGACAGUCCGCCGCGGAAUCGCCUCUUGGGAAAGUGACCCGAGGCUCUUUCCUCUCGGAAAUCCAGAUGGCGCUUCGAUCACAAUGGGGAGCUCACCGAGAUUCCCAAUGUACGACAACGAUUUCGGGUGGGGAAAGCCUUUAGCGGUGAGGAGUGGCGGAGCGAACAAAUUCGACGGAAAAAUAUCUGCGUUUCCCGGAAGAGAAGGGAACGGAAGUGUGGAUCUGGAAGUAGUUCUGGCGCCGGAAACCAUGGCGGGGGUUGAGAACGAUCCCGAGUUUAUGCAAUACGUAUCCGAAGUCACUUACAGCUGCUGA